AUGUCGGUCAAUUCGUCCAUUUACGAAUUCGUCGAAGAGAAUGGCAGGACAUACCACAAGUACAAGGAAGGCAAAUAUCAUUUCCCAAACGAUGACGUUAGUUACAUAUCCAAAUUCUGUGAGGAACAAGAUAGAUUAGAUCUUCAGCAUGCCCUUUUUCUCAUGACGACAGGCGGCAAGCUACAUCUUGCGCCCAUCGACCCUUCUUCACAGCAUGUGCUUGACAUAGGGACCGGUACAGGUAUUUGGGCCAUAGAGUUUGCACAGGAAAAUCCCGGUGCUGAGGUCAUAGGUACAGAUCUCAGCCCGAUCCAGCCUCAAUAUGUUCCGCCGAACUGCCGAUUCGAGAUCGACGAUGCCGAUGAUGAGUGGACAUACGGAACAAAGUUUGACUUUAUACAUGCUCGCGCCAUGUGUAGCUGCUUCUCCGACCACAAGCGCGUCAUUCAGUCGUGCUACGACGCCCUACAGCCGGGCGGCUGGUGCGAAUGGCAAGACAUGAGCUUCCCGUUUCGCCAUAUGGGCCCGAUCCCCGAGGGCACCAACGUCGUUCGAUGGACCGAGCUGAUCUGCGAGGCGGCCAUCAAGAUCAACCGGCCGUGGAGCAACGUCGAGCGAUACAGGCAGUUCUUUGAGGAAAUCGGUUUCGAGAACAUCGUCGAACGCCGCUUCUACUGGCCGGUUGGCCCAUGGGCCAAAGGCGAUUACUACAAGAGCCUGUCGACCUAUUUCCUCGAGGACAUCAAGAAGGGCAUGGAACCUAUCACGAUGAAGUUGCUGCCCAUACUAGGCUGGUCGAAAGAAGAAAUGCAGGUCAUACUCGCGAAGGUCCGGCAGGAUCUGAUGAACCCCAAUAUACAUGCCUAUCUUCCAGUAAAGCGGUAG